AAGUGACCUUCAAGUGCUUAUCCUCUCUGCAGGCAGUAUGCUGCUAUUCAUGGUCAAGCGAAGACUUUCGCACUGCAUUAUUGUGUAAAGUCAUUUCAACUAUAUUUAAGGGAUGCUAUUAUUGUUCACUGUGGGCAAAUUAAGUUGAUAUAGACGUUUUGUUUGAUCAUGUCAAAAUGGACUAGGCGAUUAGGCUUAGCACUGGAAUGGACAUGUCAUGGAAUUCCUUGGAUAGCUUGUGUUUUGUCAUGGCUGAUAUUAUUGUGGAUUAACAACAUACAAGGUGUUAAGGUACACUCAUCGUAUAAUAUUUUAUGGGAUAAGCAGUUUUUAAAGCUAUCCGGCGAUGAAAUCGAUACAAAUGUUUCAAGACUACUCUCUUUACUCAUUGCCUUAUUAUUUGAUGCAAUUACAGUAGGCCUGAUCAAGUUGAUAUUUCGACGUCAAAGACCUAAAGAGGAUAAUCAUUCAGAUAUGAGGUUAACCGUAGGCGUUGAUGCCUGGUCAUUUCCUUCAGGUCAUGCUAGUCGUUCAACAAUGCUGUUCUUUCUAAUCUCUUAUCUCUGGCUAUCAUCAUCGUCAGCCAAAUUAUGGAUAGGAUGUUUAUUAUUACUAUGGAGUAUUAUUGUAUGCUAUUCACGUUAUGCAAUGCGUCGUCAUCAUAUAACAGAUAUUCUAGCCGGUUGUAUAUUAGGCUAUGGUGAGUAUUGUUUGAUUAAACAAAUUAACUGGAACCUAGUAGCCCUAUACAUAUCUUCAUAUUUGUUUUAAAAGGCGAUAAUAACAAAGACACACGUAACGCCCCCCCCCCCCCCCCCGCCACACACUCACAACAUAAAAGUAUGUAACAAUCGGAGAAAUGAUCGAAAAAUAAGUCAUACUUUUGAUUUUUAGUGUAUACCUUUGUGUAACUUUGAUAAGUUUCUUCAUUCCCUAAUCAAUAUUUGUAUUGUGCAAUAUAUCAUGUAAACUGAGUGAGUAUAAAAGGUGUAAUCUGUUUUGAUUGUGAACAUAUUUAUUGUCCGAUCAGAUUUUAGCCAUUAUUUUUAGAUGGCAUAUUUUUUUUAUCAAUCACAUUCUGUUACAAAUCAGUUUGUUUUUCCAUUUAAUGUUACAUUUUGAUAAAAUCCAUUUUUACUAUGAUUAUUAUUCGUGCAAUAAAGGUCCAGUUAAUUCUUUCAUCACUGUGAGAACAUUGAAUACACUGUGUGUAUGUGUGUGUUAAUUUUUAUUCCCGAUUUUUGCUAUGGUAUUUAUUUAUUUGCUUACUGAAUAAGAAAAGGUGCUUUUUUCAAAAAAAAGAAAAGAGAAUACAAUUGUGACUAAAACAAAGUCUUGAUGUACAAAUAGACAUUGGAUACACUGG